UUUUCCGAACAGCUGAUCAUACAUCAAAAAAAUUAAAAAUGAAUUCGGUAAUUGUAUUUAGUAUUUCGCAAUAUUUAGCUCGAAAUUUAAAAGUGCUAAAUUUGCGGAAAGUUUUAAAAUUAAAAACAAUAAAUGGUAUUGAAAUAGAUAAUAAUACAAACAUAAACAACCAAAACCAAAAAAAAUGGAAAAACGAACCGCAACAAGAAGAAAAUUUGCGGAAAGUUUUAAAAUUAAAAACAAUAAAUGGUAUUGAAAUAGAUAAUAAUACAAACAUAAACAACCAAAACCAAAAAAAAUGGAAAAAAUGGAACGAACCGCAACAAGAAGAAAAUCGGGAGCAACAUAAAUGGUCAGAUUAUAUGGCGCUUUCAAAAAUGGGUAUUGUUGCCAGUGGUGCAUUCUCCUUCGGAAUCUUCGGUAAAACAAAAGACGAAGAAACGCCAGAGGAUAAAUUAAUAACUACUAUUAAACGUUCAGUAUUAUGUAUACAACGACAAGAAUUUGAUAAAGCAGAACAAAUGUUGCACCUGGCAUUACGUAUGGCUCAAGAUUUGCAAAGUAAGGAAGGUGUUACCUAUAUUUAUGAUGUCAUGGCGAAUCUUGCUAUGGAGCGGGAACAAUUCAAAAAGGCAGAGAAAUUGUUUGCUGAAGUAAUGAAAAGAUUGUUCAGUGAAGGUUAUGGCGAAAAUAGCUCCCAGGUAAUGCAUAUUAGCGCCAAACUAGCUCACAUGGCUCAAUUGCAAGGAGAAUUAGACAAAGCUAUGCAAGGGUUUACAUGGACUUUGAAAAGAAUUGAGGAACAUAUGAAGCAAACUCCGAAUGACAAGGAUGUCCAGGAACUGCUGGGACUAACAAAAAAUUGGUUCGGUCAAUUGCAAAUGAAACUAGGUAAAUAUUCUGAUGCMAAAAAGUCGUUUCAAGAGGCUUAUGACUCAUUAGUUGAAAUUUACGGACGAAUAAACGAGGAAUCAAUAACCAUCCUGAAUAAUCUUAGUGUGACGUGUGUUAAUCUUGAGGAAUAUGAACUGGCCAAAAAGUAUUUAAUGGAUGCUUUAGAAUUGGUGAAAGAAUUAAACGAUACUGCACAAGAAGGCGUUUUGCAAGCCAAUUUAGGGUUAAUUUAUCUGCGGGAAGGUUUAAUAACUAAAGCCACAGAAGCUUGCUCGCUAGCUUGGAGGAUUGSCAAGAAUAGUAAAAACUUGGACGCGGUCGAACAGGCCGAAUACUGCCUUAACGAAAUAAAAUCUUUUGCGCAAUGAAGAACCACAACGACACUACCGCUGUCUUGUAAAUAAAGCUGUCCUGUGGCAAAUAAGCUAUGUGAAUUGCCUGACAUUAAUAUAAUUUGUACAAAACUCGACUAUACUAUUUAUUUUAAUAAACAUUUAUAGUGAUUGAAAAAAAUAA